UUUAUUUUAGAAAAAAAUGAAUUAUCGCUUCAAUUUUCGGUCUAAUUGCAAAAUUUAUUACUAAUAUGGGGCGAAUUAGUAAUUACCCAUAUGUUAAGGGGUCGGAAUAAGAUUUUCGAAUAAAUAGAUCAAUCCUCCCUUCCCUUCGGCAACCAACUGAACUUGUCCAGUCGGAAGCAGUAAUUACCCCCUCACACUAAACACACGCAGUGAGCGUGAAAAUGCCGACGGCGAACAAAAUGCUCGAAGGAUCGUUCUCCGCACGUCGGUCGCCACGCGCCACCGAGAGCGGUGUCUCCGGCGAAUUCGACGGCAGCGAUGAGUCCAAGACACGUAAGCACGUAUCUGUAGCUGCGAGGGUCACAAAUUACUUGAUCCGGACCGGGUUCAUAUGGCCCGUUCUGAUAAUGGGGAUCGCAAUCGUGAUUAUCUCUUCUCUGGUUAUCUACUCGCGAGAUUUGGUCUGCAUCUCGGCUUCCUCCUCCGCUCAUAUUUCCCGAUUGUUUGUUGGAUUUGAUGGCCUCGAGUCUGAUUUCGGAUCUCUCGGCGUCCCCUGGUGCAGAUCGAAACACGGAGCAACUGUGGAAUGGACAUCUCAAGAUUUGAUCGAAGGUCUCGAGGAGUUUGUGCCAAUAUACGAGACCCGGCCCAUCAAGAACAACAUGUAUGGCAUGGGCUUCGACCACAGUUUCGGGCUUUGGUUCAUCACAAGAUGGCUUAAGCCAGAUUUGAUGAUCGAGAGCGGUGCUUUUAAGGGACACUCCACGUGGGUUUUGAGGCAAGCUAUGCCCGAUACCCCUAUUGUGUCACUUUCGCCACGUCAUCCCGAGAAGUACCUUAAGAAGGGGGCCGCUUAUGUUGAUGGAAACUGCACCUACUUUGCUGGAAAAGACUUUCUAGAUUUCGGAAGCAUGGACUGGGGAAGAGUGAUGAAGAAACACAGGAUCGAAGAUCAGAGCAGAGUACUUGUGUUUUUUGAUGACCAUCAAAAUGAACUCAAGAGAUUAAAGCAAGCACUGAAAGCUGGAUUCAAGCAUCUCGUUUUUGAGGACAACUAUGAUACUGGAACUGGGGACCAUUAUUCAUUCAGGCAAAUAUGUGAUCAGUUCUACGUUAGAGGUGGUGGCCAUAGUUGCUUCAAAGAUAGCGACGAAGCUAGAAUAAGAUCUAGAAGGAAGAAAUUCUGGGAGAAAGCAGUCGAUGUAGAAGAGCUAUGUGGGCCCGGAGAAGAAUGGUGGGGCGUGAGAGGUCACAUGCGUGACGAUUUUAACCACAGCAAUAAAGCAAUUACCUACAACAAACAUUUUCAGAACAGCAGAUUCGUAGAAUCUGUGCUGGAUGUUUACUGGGAGCUGCCCCCAGUGGCGGGCCCCUCACUCACCCAUCAGACGAGAUAUGACCCGGCCCGUGUGCCCGGCCCGAUUGUAGAAGAUGGUAGAUACGGGUUAUUUCAGAGGGUAGGGUUAUCGAGACUCGAGAGUUCCGUCUUUAAUGGGUACACUCAAAUGGUUUAUCUUCGGGUAUCUGAACCAGAAACAUAAUCAUCCUCUCGAAUUCUGUUUUCUACGGCUUUGUUAGAUAUAAUUUUUUCAAUUUGUUUUUUACUUUGUAGUCUUGUACAAGCAUUUAUUGUUUACUACUGCUUCUGUGUUGAAGUUACUAAUGUUUUUUUUUUUUA